AUAUGGCUAGAAUGACUCGUUUAGAUGAUUCAUAGACCCUCGUUUGGAUUGUAGUUAUGGGACACAUAUAGUUAUUUUUUUCAAAACAAUAACUAUAUACUACAAUAAAAUUUGAUAAAUAAUCAAUUAGCUAGAAGAAACUACAUAAUGGCAAUGUUUGGAGGAUCCAGAUGGUCACUUAAUGGUUUGGUGGCUCUUGUCACUGGUGGCACUUAUGGAAUUGGGCAUGCAAUUGUGGAGGAGCUUGGUGAACUUGGUGCAAAAGUGUACACAUGUUCUAGGGAUGAAUCUAAGCUCAAUGAAUGUUUGCAACAGUGGUCUGCCAAAGGCCUUCAAGUGCAAGGUUCUGUUUGUGAUUUAUCUUCUAGAGAGCAAAGAGUACAACUCAUGGAAAAGGUUUCCUUGGCAUUUGAUGAAAAACUCAACAUUCUUAUAAACAAUGUUGGGACAAACCUUUGGAAGCCCACUGUUGAAUAUACUGCUGAAGAUUAUGAACUUAUGAUGUCUACAAAUUUAGAAUCAUCAUUCCAUAUGUCUCAACUUGCUCAUCCUCUUCUUAAAUCAUCUGGAGCUGGAACUAUUGUCUUCAUCUCUUCUGUUGCUGGUCUUGUCCACCUCUCUGGUACAUCUAUUUAUGGAGCAACAAAAGGGGCAAUGAAUCAGCUUACUAGAAAUUUGGCAUGUGAAUGGGCAAAAGAUGGAAUUCGUGUUAAUGGUGUUGCACCAUGGUACAUUAACACUCCCCUCGUACAGCAUGUGCUGGCAGAUAAAGCAUUCAUGGAAGGGGUAGUAUCAAGAACUCCUCUUGGACGUCCGGGAGAAGUGGAAGAAGUUUCAUCAAUGGUGGCUUAUCUUUGUCUUCCUGCUGCUUCAUAUGUCACUGGACAAGUUAUAGCAGUUGAUGGAGGAUUCACUGUCUAUGGCUUCCAACAACCUGGCUAUUAAUUAAUACAUUAUACUUCUUCACGGAUAGAAAAAGAUUGCAGUCAAUCUAGGUCUUGAUUGAAAAUGGUAGCAGAAUUUCCAGCUAUCUAGUACUUCUCUAAUAAUGUUGUAUUUUUUUUUUCUUUUUGCUUAUGUUUGUGUUUCUCAAGUCGAGGGUCUAUUGGAAAUGGUCUCUUUACCUUUACAAGUUAAACAUAAGUUUGCGUCCACACCACUGUACCUUCUCCAAGUUUCAUUUAUGAGAUUACGCUGAAGAUGUUUUUGUUA